AUGGCUCCGUCGCUGGUCGAGACCACCAACCUCUCUCUCCGGGCUGCGCCCGUGGAUCCCCUGAAAACCGAUGCCGGUCACAACAAGGAGAACGUGAUCGGGUAUGGAGAGGCCUACAAGCAUGAGAAUGAGCUGAAGGGCACCGAAAAGCAGCCCCCGGCGUCAUUCCCGAACUACCUCCCCGUCUGGGACAAUGAAACAGAGAGAUACCCGCCCCUUCAACCUUUCGAGCACUAUGAUCACGGAAAGGACGCCGACCCGAGUUUCCCUGACCUCUUGCCGAAGGAUAAGGCUGUAUUGGACGAUAUCACACCAACAAUCGGCACUGAAGUGCGUGGUGUCCAGCUCAGCCAGCUGACCAAGGAGGGGAAGGACCAGUUGGCUCUGUAUGUCGCCCAGAGGAAGGUCGUCGCCUUCCGUGACCAGGACUUUGCCCAUCUUCCCAUCGAUAAGGCGCUCGAGUUCGGGGGUUACUUCGGCAGACACCACAUCCACCAAACGUCAGGAGCCCCCAAGGGCUACCCAGAAAUCCACCUCGUACACCGAGGAGCUGACGACAGGAGUGGCUCGGAAUUCCUGGCUCAGCGCACCAACACAAUCACGUGGCACUCUGAUGUGACGUUCGAGAAGCAGCCUCCUGGCACGACUUUCUUGUACAUCCUGGACGGCCCCACAAGCGGCGGAGACACCCUCUUCGCCGACAUGGCCCAGGCGUACAAGCGCCUGUCGCCUGAGUUCCGCAAGAGACUGCACGGGCUCAAGGCCGUUCACUCCGGGAUUGAGCAGGUCAAUAACAGUCUCAACAAGGGUGGCAUUGCACGACGUGACCCCAUCACCUCAGAACACCCGAUCGUCCGAACUCAUCCAGUUACCGGUGAGAAAGCGCUGUUUGUCAAUCCGCAGUUCACUCGAUACAUCGUCGGCUACAAGAAAGAAGAGUCCGACUACCUUCUCAAGUUCCUGUUCGACCAUAUCGCCUUGUCCCAAGAUCUACAGGCACGAGUUAGGUGGCACGCGGGGACUGUGGUCGUCUGGGAUAACCGGCUUGCUUCGCACUCGGCCCUCUUCGACUGGGAGGAUGGUCAAAGACGACACCACGCCAGAAUCACUCCGCAGGCGGAAGCUCCGUACGAGACCCCGUUUGAGGCAUAAGUAAAUUGGGGCACAUGGUGCAAACAAUAGGUAUUCUAUCAAGACAUGAGCAUGACUCCACGAAUCAUAAUGAGCUACAAUAAAGUGAACCACCAUCCGAUGGCUGGCUUGACUCCCAGUGCAAGCACAGGUGAAUAGAACAAAACUAAAGUGCCUUAUCACCGGGUUUCCCACUGCAGACCAG